AUGGCGCAGACGCAGGUGAAGGGGAACACGUGUCAAUGCUUCAAUAUUACGUGUGAUAAGUCCAGCAAUGGUCCAUGCUCUGAUGACAAGUGUACUACGUGCAAGACAUGCUGCGACCCCGACUGUACUCGCUGCAAGGAUAAAUGCAAGGAAAACGAUUCUUGUAGAUGUCAUAUUCCCCGCUGUGGUUGUCCGACUAAUUGUUAUGGGGACAACGGAGAUGGCACGUGUAAAGGAAAAGAUAACAAUAGUUGUAAUCGAUGCCUGACAAAAUGCGAAAAAGGGCAACCGUGUAAAUGUUAUCGUUGCAGCUGCGGAACGAAAUGUAAUGGCGUAAUUUGCAGCUGCUGUAAGUGGUGUGAUCCGAGGAAUUGUUCCGGAAAGAAGUGCGACGGCUACGUAAUUGGUAGAUGCGGAGACAAAAUUCCAAAGCCUGAUAAAUGCCAAGGCCACGUCAAAUACGACAACUACGACGACAAAUACGGCGCUGUAUUGAAACGCGAAACUAAAAAUGUAAUCACGUGCGAUGGAAGACCCCACCCAGGCAAGGUAUGUACUGAGAACAACUGCAAUUGGCUUGGUGGUGUACUGCAGCCCGACGGCAAUUGCGUCAAGCUUUGCACGUACUGCGGUGACCUAUGCGGCCAAGAUAAAUUUAGGCGCUGCUGCUACAUAGCUAUCCCCGUAGUUAUCAUUGUCUUAGCAUUCCUUAUUUUUAGGUUCAUGCUUCCCGAGAAGUUCCACGCGAUUACGACUAAAAUACGCGCCGCAUUUCCCAGUUCUCCUAGGCAUCCCGGAAGAUCCCUGAGUAAUCUCGUCGGUGACAGACUUCCCGAGGAGAUGAGCGUUGACCGGUACCCCGCCUUCCGACCAAAGGCAUUUGCUGGCUUGGCGUAG